AUGAAUAAGCACGAAGAGGAGAUAUUAACGCUUGUGCAGAAGGAUUCGUACAAACAGGCCAUCAAUGCCGUGAGCAAGGUUGUGCGCCAGUUCCCGUCGUCGACCUAUUUCAGGCUGCUCGAACAGUACGUGCGCUUUAAGCAGUCGCCCAGCAAGUACCAGUACGAGCUGAUGCUGGGGCCGCUUCUGGAGGCGAACACGACGCUGCCGCAUGACGCAAAGUCGUUGGACCUGCUGCGUACAUUUCUGUUAGAGCUUUACAGCCCCAUUCCCCCGCUGAAACCGUACGAGACAGCAAUGAAGAAAUACCCGACGUUCGACCUGUGCUACCGGUGGUUCCAGCAGGCGAUUCAGGACUUGGACUUCAAUUCGCUAAACCGCGCCACGUUUCAGCUGAGCCGGUUCUGUAAGGAUGUCCGGGCAGCGAAGUUCUGGAACGCGGUUGUGUUGCUCUCUUGGGCCAGGGUGCGCCCUGCUACCAUGGCGAAGCAAGAGCAGCAGCUAUUGCCGCAGCUUGCCUACAAGAUUCUCGUCCAACUGAAGCCCUAUCCAAAGGAGGAGGAGCUAGUUGUAUUCUGCCAGGUUUGUGAGCUGCUCGACGAAGAUAAGGCAGCGGAAAUCGUGGAUGAGAUACUCACCUUCUGGGGAGCCGAAAAAGCCAAUUCUCUGGACCUGUACCUGAAAGACUUGUUGUUGGAUAAUUUGCUGAAGCUUGAGCGGCACGCGGAUCUCUACGAAGUAUGCGGCAAACUGCUCGUGCAUCUAGACGACUUCGUACUCUGCAAAACGCUUGCGCAGAGCGCUCACAAGCUAGGUCUACCACGUGCAGAUGUCGAAAGCCAGCUGCCAGCUACAAGAAACGGGUUACUCACCCACCUCGAACUCGGGGUUCUCUACAAUGGCCGUGUCACUACAGAUGAUCUGCAGCCAUACUUGGCUCGCUUCCACGACAAAACCUGCUGCCCUGUUGACCUGGAGCACUACAUGGAACACAUAGAUAGGUCACAGCUGUUGACUCUCUUUUCGAGCUUUGAAAGAUCCAUAGACCAUGAUGUCAACUGGGCACGGAUUUGCCCAGAAACAACCAUGGACCAGUUUAGCAACCUAUUUCUGGAAUAUCGACCAACCUUGCUGACCAAGCCAGACACAAACUAUUCUUGCUGCUCUCAUUUGAUUUUACAACUCGUGCAGAACCUAGUGGUCGAUUCCCGGAUAACCCUGGGGAACGUCCUAACAGCGAUUUCUCUGUUGGAGUCAUACCAAGCUCAAGACGCCUACAACUACGAUACCAGAAUAUGGUUGAUCGUGCUAUAUCAAUACCUUGGCAUCACCCCAGCAGCGCACAAGCACUACGAAAAUUUGAAGGUGAAAAAUGUUCAAAACGACAUCGUGGACCAUCUGCUGUAUACCCGGUACGCUUCCUUCUUCCCGAACAAAUCACACCCCUAUGUACAGGCCCUUUGUCUCGCGGAAGACGAGCAACCGAUCUAUCAAUCCCUAGGCGGAUUGCCCACGCUGCUGAAAAUAGCGUUUGAAAGAAAGAGCUACACCAAGUUGCCCGGCAUGUUUUCUUUUUAUGAUCAGCUGCGAAGGUCUAUUAUGAGGUGGCACAAAAUUGGAGAACACCUAAAACUACUCCGGAUCUGCAACGAUAAGAGAGCGUCUCACCUAAAGCGUAUACAGAUGGAGAUUCUCAAUUUGAAUCUGCCAGAAUCAAACUCCUUGGCUGACAACCGUGACUUUAAUGUGGUCUUCGAGACCGCGAAUGAUAAGAAUGCAUUUUCAACAUUGUCUGGAUACAUGCGUGUUGACGAUGCCUACGUAAGGCUUCAAUUAUGUCAGGAAUUUAUGUUGGAGGGUAUUAGUGCUGGGGCUUUCUCCCCAGUGGUGGAGAUUCUCGCGCCAGCACAAAAAGACUUCAAACAAUUCACCAGAUAUGAAAAGUGGGCCUGGGACGUCAUCUCCAAUGUGUACGAGCACAUGGAUGAUAUUCAGGAGGAAUUUUUGAUGGAUCAUCUACAAAAGAUACCGGACUUUGGUCUUGAGCGUGACUGGAAGCUUGUGCAUGGCUAUAGUACUGUGUUGUUAACUUUGAAGACCUUGGAUGGAAUAAAACGGAUAAAGUCUCCGACACUAAAGAAAUUGAUGAAGGACCAACUGCAACAUGUCCGCGGUAGGUGUUCGUCGAUCUUCGACGAAUACGCAGAGGAGAUUGCAACAUGUUCGGUAGACAUUGAGUUCCUGUCGCGCUUUGGUUGCCAGCCUGCCUCCGAGUCUGCGACUCAAAGCCUGCGCGAGGUUUUCAAGGCCCUCCGCAAUUUGUAA